UGAAAUAACACAAAAAACACAACAGUCUUGUUGGAAAACACUUUAAAUAAAUUGAUAAUCAUUUUAAACAUAUGUAAAAGAAAAUAAAAAUAUUUAUCUUAACGUCAUAUGUUAACAAAGGUCGAUUUUCUGACUGUAAUAAUGAAUACAACACCAUUCAGUUAUAUAAAUUGUUCAAAUUUAGAAAGUUUAUGAUUUACCCUGAAUAAUAAAUUGACAAGUUAAAUGACAGACGAAACUGAGAAUGAUUUAAAUAAUAUACAAAAAGACGAAACACUUCCAAACGAAUUAGCUGAUGACCAAACCAAUGAAAAGGAAUCAUUAGUACUUUCAGAAUCAUCUAGUAUUAAAGAACUAAAAUCAACUAAAAAGAAAAGUGUUAAGAAAUUCCAUCACGAAAAAUUAACGACUCCAAAAGUUAUCCCACGACACUGUUUAGAAAAGAAAGAUUGGAUUAAUUUAUUGGCUACUCCAUCUCAAAAAUAUUCACCAUGGUUAAAUAAAAAUUUGGCAAUCAAUACUAUUUAUUACUACAAACUUUCUCAACCUACAAGAUACAAAAUUAUUGCUAAAUUGCAAGAUCGAACAGCCGUAGUACCAGUACCAUUUGUAGACGAAUUAAUUCAUAUUCUGGCAGAUGAUCAUCUUUCUUUAGAAGAAGUCGAAGAAUUAUUUCAAAACAUUUCGAAGAAGAACAACCAAAAAGUCAAAAAAACUAAAUGUCAAAACGUUAUGAAACCAGUUCAAUAUAAUGAAAGUUUAAAAAUGUCUAAGGACACAAUGUUGUGCCAAUAUAAUAUAGCAGAGGCAUUUGUAAAAAGUAUACUCCAAAAUAAAAAUGUAGCCCUGAGAAAAGAUUUAGAAGAUUUAGUUAAAAUAAUACAAAAAAGGCUUACUAAAACUGUUGACAAUAAUGAUCAUCUAGAUAAAGAUGGAAAAGUUUAUCAACAAAUAUUAUUUUUAUCAAAACUCAUUGCUAAUUGGAUAGCUGGAGUACUAGAGGAAGUCGCUGAACAAAAUGAAGAAGAACUAAAAAAAGAGUGUGAGGAAAGACGCAAAAGAAUGGAAGCGGAUGUUUUUGAUGAGAGCGAGGAUGUUUCUGACGAUGAUCAUGAAGACAUUCUUAUUGAUGCUGAAAAAGUUGUUGAUAAUGGUCAAGAAAAAAAUGAAAGUAACAAUAAAAGGGAAGAAUUUAGUAGUAAUGAAACGAACAACGAACAAAGUGCAGAUGAAUUAAUUAUUCAAAACGAGACGGAAACCAACGUCCAUGAUUAUGACAACAAUGUCACCAAUAAUAUAACUGAAAAUAAAAAUGAAGAAGACUAUGAAAGAAAUAAUGAACAAGACAACAAUGAUGACAACACUUAAAAUAAAUUUUACAUUUCUUAUAAAAAGAAUGGCUUUGACUUGUUGGGAAAAACUAGUCAUUAUAAUUAUUGCUAUUAUUGGCAUACGUUUUGCAAUAAGAUUAUCCGUAUUUUUAUGGAAGAAGUUCAUUGGUCCAGGUCUAGGAUGUGGUGUUGAUGUG